AUGACAGAGUAUAGCGCACAGAUGGUUCUACUUGGUGAUCCACAGAUGGAAGGUGACCAUAAGGCAAACAGAGGAUUGGAUGGACGUUACAAUGUGUGGUUUAAUGACAACUACUUUAGACACAUUGUAUCAAACAUUGAUUACUAUUUGGCACCGUCUCAUGUUGUUGUGUUGGGUGAUCUCUUUUCAUCACAGAAUCUUGGAGACAAUGAAUUCAACAAGAGAGUAGGUCGGUACUCUAGUAUAUUUGAACCACUUCGUAACCAUCAUACCGUUCUCAUCAAUGUCACUGGUAAUCACGAUAUUGGUUAUGGAAAUGAAGCAAGUAAGAGAAAGAUUACUCGGUUUGAAAAUGCAUUUGGCCGUGUCAAUGAUAAAUGGUUUAUCGGUGGUCACAUCUUUGCAGUUUUUAAUUCAAUGGUAUUAGAUGACACACCAAUAGAUACACAAGUCAAAGAUGAAACAUGGCAAUUCUUACGUGACCUAGCUGAAGAACGAAAGUCUAGUGGAAUUCCAAUAGUCUUGGCUACUCAUAUCCCUUUAUUUAAAAAUUAUACUCAACAUGAUCUUGUUUCAAAUCCAACCGAACAACAACAACCAACAAUUAAUAAUACAACAACAGAUGAAUCACAACCUAUAAAUAAUGAAAUGAAAGAAUCAUCAUCAUCACUUAAAAUAACUUCAACAAAAAAUACUAAACCAACAAUAGUUGAUCAUUCAAAUAUGAAAGAUUCAAUACCAUUUCAUUUUAAUGCAAUGUGCAUUGAACCAUAUAUAGUUCAUCGGUCAGGUGAUCAUAUUAAAGAACAGACAAUGUUGUCUCAAGAGACUACACAAUUCAUAUUGGAUGAAUUGCAACCAGAGUUUAUCGUAAAUGGACACGAUCAUGAUGGUUGCAUUUAUAGACACAAUAACAAGACGGUGGAAUAUACAAUCAGAUCGAUGAUGGGUGGUUUUGGAGGCUACUCUGCACUCUUUGAAAUCCACCCCAACGAUGAACAAGCCACCUCUUUUUCCUACAGUUACAAGAUCUGUCCUUUUGUUGAAACUAAAUACAUCAACAUUUCAUUUGGCGUAUCUGCUGCCAUCAUUGGUCUAUUUUUACUAUUUAAUCUAAUUAGAUUGUUAUGGUAUUCAUCAAAACAACUCUAUCAAUAUUUAAAUGGUAAAAAAUAUAUUUCAAUCAUUAUACUUUACUUUAAAUCUAAAAAGAAUAUUAAUAAUAAUAAGAAAUAUAAUAAUAUUAAUAUUAAUAAUAAUAAUAUUAAAAAGUAUAAUAUUAAUAAUAAUAAAUCAUCAAAGAAAUAUGAUUAA